GUCAGCUCAGGGCACCAUCAGGAAGCAGCAGCAAUAUCAGUAGUCUCAACCGCCAUGGUGAUUUACAAGGAAUACCGUGUGGUUUUACCCUGUAGUGUUGAAGAGUAUCAAGUGGGUCAGUUAUUCUCUGUGGCUGACGUGAGUAAAAAUGAGACUGGUGGAGGUGAAGGUAUUCAAGUAGUGAAGAAUGAACCCUAUGAAAAAGAUGAAGAGAAAGGACAAUACACACACAAAAUCUACCACUUAAAAAGUAAAGUGCCAGGUUUUGUCAGCGCACUUGCACCAGAGGGUUCCCUGGUUUUCCAUGAGAAAGCCUGGAAUGCCUAUCCUUACUGCAAAACCAUUGUGACAAACGAGUAUAUGGAAGACAGUUUCUUUAUAAAAAUUGAGACAUGGCACAAACCGGACCUUGGAACACAGGAAAAUGUGCAUAAACUGGACAAUGCAACGUGGGAGAAGGUGGUGGUCGUGCCAAUUGACAUUGCAGAUCGUAGCCAAGUAUCUGAUGGUGACUACAAGCCAGACGCAGAUCCAGCCAAGUUCAAGUCUGUUAAGACAGGCAGAGGACCUCUGGGGCCCACCUGGAAGAAAGAGCUGGUUAAUAGCACAGACUGCCCAAGGAUGUGUGCCUACAAACUUGUCACCGUCAAGUUCAAGUGGUGGGGUCUGCAGUCCAAGGUGGAGAAUUUCAUCCAUGACCAAGAGAAGAGGAUCUUUAAUAACUUUCAUCGCCAACUCUUCUGCUGGAUAGACAAAUGGGUGCAGCUAAAUAUGGAUGACAUCAGACGAAUGGAGGCGGAGACUCAAAAGGAGUUGGAUGAGCUUCGUAAAAAGGGUGAAGUUCGAGGGACAAGAGCUAGGGAUGACUGAAUUUCAAAAGAAAAGAAAAAACCCUGAUGAAAGCCGGCUAUGUGGUUCUUUGGUGCCAUUGUUUUUAUCUUGACUGAUUCAGGCUGUAGAGAAGAAACCUUACCUGCAAUUAGGAGAACAGAUUUUUAGCUUGAAACCCAAUCAGACCCUCUCCCUACUGAGGAACUGAUUCGUAGAAACCAACAGGAUCCCCCGCUCAUAAGACUUUGUUAAUUUUUUUAUCUCCUCUGUGGGGGAAACACCAGGUAUCAGCAAUAUGUCACUGACAGAACCUGCCUUUCUAAUCUUCUCUGCUAAUUUGGAGAGGAACACGUCCUUGAGCUACUAUAUAUUUUAAAAUGAAUUAAUUGGUUUAAUUCUACAUUGGUGUAGAGCCAAAUAUUCUCUUUGUGUUAUUUUGAUAAUAAUAUUUAUGGUUAAUUUUCAUUUCUUUUAUGCAUCGAUAACCCUCCAAAGCAUUUCUGGUAAGACAAUGCCCUACAUUACCUCUCCUCUCCUUGAGUUCCUGCCACUGCCUCCAUUAAAUGAUUACUAACACCCUUGGAACCCUGGCCCUUUGCAAAUCCCCCUUCAUCAACCUCUUCUGUAGCCAAAGUACUGCAUCUUAAUAGCACUGACAAUCAUAUCCGUACAGGUAUUUGCUGUCUUUCUCUCACUCAUAUUUAGCAGAAACUCGCACAUACUCAUGUGUAAGACAUGCAUGCGUUGCGCACAACAAGGAUAAACCUGAGAUAUUUCUCCCACAGUCAAAGGUGUGAAUACCUUUGUGAUGACUUAGUUCUUAAAGCUGGAGCUGGACAGAGCCACACAAGCCUGUUCAGCUAAAAGGAUGUCACUGUUCGAAGUGUUUACAGCGUCUUUUUUUGUCUUUCCACAAACACUCCACAUACGGAAGAUGUUUAGUGUUAAACUCCCUGAAGGAGCUCCCCUCCCCUGCACCACAGAACAGCCACAUAUGGAGCAACACUCUCUCCGUCACAAGCCCACACUGCUUUGUCCCAACUCAACCAGCCCAUGCCAAAACUCUGUGUAGACCUCAUCUGCUUUGAGACCUCCCAUGUUUUAUUCUCAUUGUUUACAUAUACAUAAACUGCCUUCAUCAGUGACAACCCCACACCAGCACCAAACUGCUAGCCUUAUGUCCCGGCCUUUCUGCCCCUGGUCCCAUCAACACCUCUUGUACCUCUGCUGCUGCUCUAGCUACCUCGCUUAGUUGUGAUAGUUCCUCUCUCUGAGGACUAAUUGAUAACAGUUACUACUUGUUAGGUAGACCAAAUGAGGAGUGGCAAAAUCAAGCAUGGCUGAAACUGGAGGCAGCCCUUUUGUUUACUAAAGGGAAACCCUAGAAUUAGACCAGAAUUAUCUGUACAGCUGGAGCUGUUUUUCUAGCAACGCAACUACAUUCAUUUCUUAGAUAACAUCUACUAUACCGUCUAAGGUAAAAACAGUGCAGAGACAAGGGUGGGCUUUAACCAUGUCGUGUCACUGACCUGUUAAGUUCAUGUCUUGAGCACAGUCACAUUUUCUUGUGCUAUUUUACUGGUUGUCACCAUUUCUGUGGGAUUCCUUUUCUCUGUAACUGUAAACUGUUGGACCAAAACCAUUUCUUUUGUUGCUUACUUGUCAGUUGUCGUAUUGACCCCCUCUAUUUUAAUUAGUCCUUUUAUUUAUUUCUGUUUUUUUUCCUUAAAAAUGAUGAUAGAAACAUCUGUUAAACCAGGGAGAAUGUUGCUUUAAUAUUUUGUUGGCCAGUUAGAAUUCAAAACCAAGCUGAUUUGUCAGUACCUGCUGAUACCUUUGUGAAAUUAUUUAAUCACUGGGCCUAAAUAUAGUCGAUCUUUUUGGCCCUUAGACCACAUGUGGUGUCCGCUUUUGACUGUGAUGUGACCCGCAUUUUGAACAAGUAAUGUUGGACUAUAAAGGCUCUUAAAUUUAGUAUGUGUCAAGUCGAUUGGAUUCUUAGGUUAUUGAAAUUCAGCAGAAAAUAAGCAAGGGAUGUUCCUUAAGCUACCACAAAAAGUGUAUUGCUCAAAUGAACAGUAAAAUAUAUAUUGAAAAUAUAUCCCAACUUAUCAAAGUGGUUGUUGAUCUACAGGACUGUUAAUCAGGCUCAGUCAAAUACCACUGUAUGUUCAAAGGGUUGUUUGUUUAUCCACCACAAGGUUUCAUUUGUGUUUACGUCUUUGAGUGGGAAGUUGUACACUGGUCACAAAAUGCCACUGUCAGUUCUCUGCCUCAUUAUCACUCACUCUUGACUUUUAACAUCUGGUCUACAGCGUUCUACAUCAACUAAUGUUAUAAACUGUAAAGUCCAAACGUUUUUUUACUGCUGUGUUGUCACGACAGUAUGGUAGCUUUUUGUCACGUUACAAAUCAGUUUUUAAAGAUUUAAACAUUCAAACAUUUGCUGUCCGGAUUUUGUUUUCCUCUUAAAAAUACUGUUAAUGAGCUAUUUUUCCUUUUUUUUAAAGGUAACUGUAGACUGUUUGAUUUCUAUAAAAGGCAAAUUUUCUGUAAUAUCACUCUUUUCAGACAAUCAGUUGAGUUUAAUGUUUCAAUGCAUUUGUUGUAAUGUUUGUGUUUGUAAACCAUUGACUCCUUUUUAUCAUCUGUCUGUCUGUGGGUGAACACCGGUAAGGUUUGGUUCAUCAUGAAAACAUUCCAGUCCAUUACAUUUCUUCUAAAGAGUCGGUGCAGUCUCUCCAUAUGUUAUUUCAUGUUUAAAUCUCUGUCCUGGUGAUGGCGGUUAUCUGGUUCAAGAGAACUUGUCAGAAUGUAUGAGAGAGCACAGUACAUUUCAGGAGGUUGUUUCAGCCAUGCUCCUUAUUUAUAAACUCUAUAGAGUCUGAUCAGCUUUUGAAUAUCAGGAGAUUCGGUAGUGAACGUAUGGUAUUUCGUGCCUUUUUCUGUAGAUUUUGUGUGCCAAUAAAUCUUACAUCUGAUAAAAUGUAUUGAAUUCA